GCUAAUGUUUGGGCACCAGCAGAGCUGGUCUAGCUCAAGCCUGGACUUCAGCUGAGCGUGCCUGCACAUGGGAGCAACUCCUGAUCCUCAGCUCUCCCCCACCUGCUACAGCAAGUAGACAUGGCCACAGGGACAAACUGGAGCUGCCCCAUCUGUCACAACACUCGGAAUGAUGUGGCUUCUGCUCUGCCUUGCCAUGACCAAUUCUGCCUGAGCUGCAUCCUGCGGUGGGCAAAAACAAAUCCAGGGUGCCCACUCUGCAGCAGACCUAUAGAGAUUGUCAGAUUUUCUGAGCGGAGUGAACGGGACUAUCUACAGUUUGCCAUCACAGCUCCAGAAGAGACAAGAGAGAACAGUAGCCAGGCAGGGAGUGCUCCUUUCCACCUCGCUGAAAACAGGUCCGAUGACCCCAUGGUGUCCCCUCUGUCUUCUCCAGAGGGGACAUUGUCCCCAUCUGAGCAGAGGUCUGCAGGGCCAGAGUUCAUGGGUGGCCUUCUGCCUGAGGUCUGGGCAGAACUUUUCCAAAGGCAACAGCAACUGCUGGACCCUGUGCUGCCCUGGUUACGCCAGAGGUUGGCAGCAGUCUAUCAGGACCAGUGGUGGCGAGCAGAGGCUGCAGAGGGCUCCAUCCUGCAUGGCCUCUGUGUCUGCGGUCCAGAUGCAGAGGUCUUGGUUGAGGUGCUGGAACCUCUCCUCAAUGGGCACACAGCAUCGCUUGUCCAUGGCAUCAUUGAUGUCAUUUCAAGGCAGUGCAGUGAGGAGGCCCAGAGGCUACUGUGCUUCUAUCAUGCUAGCAUCAUCUCCAGCAACUCCAGCUGCACUAGCUCCCGGGAGGUGACUCUGGCCAGUGGCCCCACAGGCUCUGACGUGGAGGAGGAAGCUGGUACAUCAGAGACCAGCCUUCAAGGGAGUCCCAGCUGCCCCCCAUCUAUGUCCAUGUUCUCAGAGCAGGACCAGCCCCAGGAGGAGCCAGGGCAGGUGGUGGUGGUGCCAGGUCCAUCUAGUCAGGGCUUCAGCCCCUCUGCUCCUGGCCAGGGCAGGAGACAUUCACCUAGAAAGCCCCGGCGUGGCCGAAAGAGGAGAGCCUCCGGCCUCCGGAAUUCUUCCCAGCCCACCAAGAGGCCACCCCGGCAGCGGCACUAACAGGGCUCCAGGAACUCUUCAGCCAAGGAAAAAGAAAUAAAUUGCUAUUUCCCUGA